UUUGAAAUUUCAUCUUUUAAUCGGGAAUUUCUGUAAAUUUAAAAUUUCAAAACCCUAUCUAGCUCCCUCGUUUUCCCUUAUAUUCUUUCGUAACUCGGAUCUCUACUUUCUUUAUUUCUUUCUGUGCCUUUUCCUUUUCCCUGGAGUUGAAAGGGAGCGCGCCAAUACGGCGUUGAAUUUCGCGUAAUUCGUUUUUUUCUGUUUGAAAACUGCUGAUAUAUUACUGUUUUCUUUCUAUAUUUGUAGAUCUGCACCUGUAAUUUAAACAUAUUUGGAGGUAGUUUUUAGAUAGAAGAAGGAAAAUAAAGUGUUUUUUUAAUAGAGGGAAAAGAGGGGAAUAAAAAAAGAGAUGCGUUCAAAGAAGAUGGAAGGGCCUUCGGCCCCGACUAUACGUCGAGACCCUUAUGAAGUUUUGUCCGUUUCAAGGGAUUCUUCCGAUCAGGAGAUCAAAACUGCUUAUCGAAAGCUCGCUCUCAAGUAUCAUCCUGACAAGAAUGCCAACAAUCCUGAGGCUUCAGAGCUUUUUAAGGAAGUUGCAUAUUCUUAUAGCAUUUUAUCUGACCCAGAGAAGAGAAGACAAUAUGACACUGCAGGGUUUGAGGUGCUUUCAUUUCCUUUCUUUCUUUUCACUGAUUUAAAUCCACUGGGAACUGUUAAUACAAUGUUUGCAGCGUUAUUCAGCAAGCUUGGUGUCCCUAUCAAGACUACUAUCUCAGCUAAUGUUCUAGAGGAAGCUCUAAAUGGAACUGUUACUGUUAGACCCCUUCCUAUUGGAACAUCAGUUAGUGGAAAGGUAGAAAAGCAGUGUGCCCACUUCUUUGGUGUAACGAUAACCGAUGAGCAAGCUGAGUCUGGGAUUGUUGUUAGGGUAACUUCAACAGCACAAAGCAAAUUCAAGUUACUUUACUUUGAACAGGACGUCAAUAGUGGCUAUGGUUUGGCCUUACAGGAAGACAGUGAGAAGACGGGCAAGGUGACAUCUGCUGGCAUGUAUUUCUUACAUUUUCAAGUAUACCGAAUGGAUUCCACUGUAAACGCUUUAGCAAUAGCUAAAGACCCUGAAUCCGCUUUCUUUAAAAGGUUGGAAGGUCUUCAACCUUGUGAAGUUUCAGAACUAAAAGCUGGCACGCAUAUAUUCGCCGUUUAUGGAGAUAAUUUUUUCAAGACUGCAACUUACACAAUCGAGGCGCUUUGUGCAAAGACAUACGAGGAUACCACUCAGAAGCUCAAGGACAUUGAAGCUCAGAUUCUAAGAAAGAGAAAUGAGUUGCGCCAAUUUGAAACGGAAUACGGAAAAGCAUUGGCACGCUUUCAAGAAGUGACCAAUCGGUACACCCAAGAAAAGCAGACCGUAGACGACCUGAUGAAACAGCGCGAUGGCAUCCAUGCUACAUUCACUGUAACAAAACCACAGAGCAGUGCCAGCAAUUUAAGCAACGGAAGUAGCAGCAAAGGUCCUGGUGAGACGGAGAGUCCUACUGCAGAAGACGGAAACUCAGAGGGGAAGGAUAAAUCAGGUAAAAAGAAAUGGUUCAAUUUGAAUCUAAUGGGAUCUGAUAAAAAGCUUGGUUGAAAUGGGUAUUUUAGAUAGGUUCUUGUGUUCUUUACAUGAAAUAUUUGUCAAUACUCUGCUGCCUGCUAUAUAAGCUUUGGCUUGUAUUUAUUUAUUCAUUCAUUUUUUUUCUUCAUGUU